CUGCAGACUCUACCUAUUGUCUAUACAGCACAAGCUGUGUGUGACAGCCAUCUCCUCCCCCUGGCAGAGCCUUCAUAUACUCCAAUACUUUAUAGACAGUCCCUUACUUCCCUCCCUUGGUAUAGCUGGGUAGAGAAUUGUCUGCGGCAUUUAGCUGUUUGUUUCUCCCAACACAUCAUUUCUACUGAUUGCAAACGCAGAGGUAGGAGGAUAGAUGCACAGCAACAGAGCUACAAGGGAUAAGAUGAAUACUAGCUGCCAAGAAAUGAAGUUUUCACAUUUAAGAUCUAUAGAGACAGACAAAUCUUCCUUCUGACUUUACCCUGUGAGGAUUACCAGAUGGCUCGGAGGAAGCUUAUCUUUCUUGCCACGCUGGUUUUUUCUUCUCUGGGCAUGUUUUUCCUCGCUCUCUACAGUUUAAAUCUGUGCAACUAUUGUUUCAGCAAGGAUUACCGUUAUGUUCCUUAUCAUUUUAACAAUAAUAGGAAAAUGUUCCAGAAGGUACCUGACGUGAACUGCAGACAAUCUCCUCCAUUCUUGGUGCUCCUGGUGACCACCACCCAUGAUCAAAACAUUGUACGAAUGGCCAUUCGGGAAACAUGGGGGAAGGAAAGAUGGAUCAAAGGUAAGCAAGUGGUUACGUAUUUCCUUCUGGGUGCAAGUGCCAAGCAAAAUGGGAACGAGGAGAACAUGUUGAUUAAGGAAAGCAUUGCCUACAAAGACAUUAUUCAAAGAAAUUUCAUAGACUCCUAUUACAAUUUGACCCUUAAAACUCUAAUGGGCAUCGACUGGAUUACUCACUAUUGCCCCCAGGCCAACUACGUUAUGAAGACGGACACGGACAUGUUUGUCAACACGUUUUAUCUUGUUGAGCUGCUUUUGCUGAAAAAUCAGACGACCAAUCUCUUCACGGGAAUCCUAAAGCCUAAUGAUAGUCCUAUACGGAGCAUAUUUAGCAAGUGGUAUAUAAGUAAGCAAGAGUAUGAGGGGGAGAAAUACCCCCCGUUUUGUUCCGGUACAGGCUACGUUUUCUCCGUGGAUGUUGCCCUGAAGAUCUACAAUACUUCAACAAGUGUACAGUUCUUCAAGCUUGAGGAUGUUUAUAUUGGCAUGUGUCUGGACAGAUUAAAGAUUCGCUUGCAAGAACUUCACAGCAAGCCGACAUUUUUUGCCUCAAAACCUCCAUUUUCAGUCUGUAAGUACCGGCACAUUGUGACGUCACAUGGAGUGCAACCCAAGGAAAUUCUGCUGUACUGGGAGACUCUGAAGACAUCACGUAAUGAACAGUGUUGAGUAACAAAUUAAUCACAGUCCCAAGUGGAGUGUUAUUUCUCAGCAGACCAUCUGCAGUAGACAAGACAAAACCUCUUAUGUGGCCGUAUUGUGCCUUUACUCCAGGACUCUUGCUUCAUUGCAGCGAUGUCACCUUAUUGUGUAACCCACGAGGAGGCGAAUUUGGCAACUACAAUACAAGUUAGGCGAGUGUCAGAAAAUGGAACAAAACUUUCGGAAACUUUUCAAAACUUUAUAUGUCGGGUAGUGGCAGUUUCUGAGUUACAGUACUGUAAAGUCCACACUUUUUAUACAUUGACUUUUGUAAAAAAAAAUUUUUUAAAGCACAACGUACAUUACCUGUGCCUCAGCUCUGUCAGGCUGGAGCUGACAGGGAAAUUUUGGAGCAUACUGUUCCACUGAAAUUUUUUGGUUCGUUUGCUAACAUCAUUUACAACAUAGGGGGUAAUUCCAAGUUGAUCGCAGCAGGAAUUUUUUUAGCAGUUGGCCAAAACCAUGUGUACUGCAGGGGGAAGGGGGGCAGAUAUAACAUGUGCAGAGAGAGUUAGAUUUGGGUGUGGUGAGUUCAAUCUGCAAUCUAAAUUGCAGUGUAAAAAUAAAGCAGCCAGUAUUUACCCUGCACAGAAACAAAAUAACCCACCCAAAUCUAACUCUCUCUGCAAAUGUUAUAUCUGCCCCCCCUGCAGUGCACAUGGUUUUGCCCAACUGCUAAAAAAUUUCCUGCUGCGAUCAACUUGGAAUUACCCCCAUAAUUAUAUACUUGAAGUCACUUUAGCUUGAAAGGAACAGGCACAUUACCAAUGUAUACCUCUCAACCGUUCUGAUUUAAGCGGGGCAGUCCCUAUACGAAGGCUCUAUCCCACUGUCAUGAACAGGACUGCAUUGCCCUGAUCUGUCCAGGGCCGUCUUAACAGCAGUGUAGGCCCCUGGGCCCCGCGAUGCACUGGGCCCCCUAUCCAUCCUCCAGAGGUAGGGAUUUGGAGUGCUAUCAGCGGCGGUAGGGGGUGUGCUAUCUUCCGCUCACAUGUAGGACCUGGAGCAGUAAUUUCUGCUAAUUACUCCUUUACUGCACAGAUGGGGCUAAACUGUAGAAGGGGCCAUUGGGCUGAAUGAAGAAGGCCUGGUACAUGACUUCCAGGGUGGUAGGCGGUGUUUAAUACGUAGGGGAGGGUGGAUAGUGGAGUGGGCUUAAUAUUCAUAAUUUUCCGGUGGGAGGGCAGCUUGCUUGACUGCAGAUAUCUCAAGUUCCUGAACAUAGAUUUCUUAGCUUUGAAUUGGAUAAAAAUCAAGAGAGUCCCACCUUUCAGAAGGUACUGAGGACUUAGGUAUCAGAGCUCAGGAGCCAGAGCAAUUCACCAACGAAAAUAUAAAACUGCAUAUUAGGCGUGUGGAGCCGGAGCAGGGACCAGCUGCUUGAAGGCUGAUAUCUCUGGUUCUGGGCAUAGUAGAGACAAGCUGUCAGUGUCCACCAAAAGGGGAGAAUCACAGCUUUUGGAGUAUACCAUCAGAAAAACUCUAAGUCAGACAGAACCUGAGAUAUCUGGCUGAAUAUCUCUGGUUCCCCAUGGCCGUUUUUCAAAAAUCUGGUACCCCUGGAAAGAGGGAACCCUCAGCUAUCAGCAUAGGUCCCUUAUACUCCUGGGGCCCUUGGGCAAGAGCCCAUUGAGCCCAUACGAAAAGACGGCCCUGGAUCUGUCACUGCAUGCUGCUCAGAAAGGGGGGUAGGAAACGGACAAGAGAAGAAUAAUUGCAGACCCACCCAUCAUUCAUGUGGCCAUGACCCAAUUAGCUUACCCUCUCAUGCCAAUGGUAAACCUGUGGCAUAUUAAGCCACACCCUGAUCCAUCCAUUCCACUCCCAUUAUUUUUAGGCCACACCUUUCUCAAGAGACCAUACCUCUUUUAGAUAAAUAUUAGGACUCUGUUGGGAGAUAUUAAUGUUAUACAUUAAGAUACAAUCCACAGAAUUAGAAGAGUCAGAGUGGUUACUAAAAUGUUAAUGUAAUGCUAUAGAAUAAUAAGUACAAAGACGGACAAUCCUACAGACCAAUUAAUCCUGUAUAUAGUAUGGCACAUUAUGGGGUCAAUUCAGUUGGCUGAAACCCGGCUUGCGGCACAAGUAAGUGCCUCCAUAUGCAGCACAUACUGUAUGGCAUUCCCUAUCUCACAGAAUAUUGGGGGCAAUUCAGAGUUGAUCGUAGAUGUGCUAAAUUUAGCACAUGUACGAUCAGUUUCUCAGACAUGUGGGGACACCCAGCAUAGGGCUAGUCCACCCCGCAUGUCAGGCCUGACCCCUCCUUCCCCCGCACAGGUACGAAAGCAUCGCACGGCGGCAAUGCUUUUAUACCUGGAGAGUAGCUCCCCACCAAUGCAGCUCCUGCGCUCUGGCAGGGAGCUACCCACCGCAUCCCAGAUCGCUGCCGCGAUCCAGUCUGAAUUACCCCCAUUGCCUGCAGCCCCAUCGGUCUGCGUACAAAGAAUCUUCAAAUCCAUGGUGACAUGGGGGCGAGAUGAGGUGCCGUUGCCGCAACACGUUGGCCAUCUCGCCCCAAAUUAAAUCGACCCCUUUGAGUUCUUUAUUACAUUCUAGGAACUAUCUUGCAAUAAACCCUAAAUAAUGAAUGUGUUGAAUUAAAAGACAGAUUUUACAGAAUGCCUCAUACAGUUCAUGCGAUUACACGCUACAUUAUAGUGAUUAUUGCAUUAUGUAUGCAGAGAUUACAAUAACAUUAUUAACCAAUCCAUGGCCCUCAUUCCGAGUUGUUCGCUCGCAAGGCGAAUGUAGCAGAGUUACACACGCUAAGCCGCCGCCUACUGGGAGUGAAUCUUAGCUUCUUAAAAUUGCGACCGACGUACGCGCAAUAUUGCGAUUACAAACGAGUUAGCAGUUUCAGAGUAGCUCCAGACUUACUCUGCCUGUGCGAUCAUUUCAGUGCUUGUCGUUCCUGGUUGACGUCACAAACACACCCAGCGUUCGCCCAGGCACUCCCACCGUUUCCCCGGCCACUCCUGCGUUUUUUCCGGAAACGGUAGCGUUUUCAGCCACACGCCCCUGAAACGCCGUGUAUCCGCCCAGUAACACCCAUUUCCUGUCAAUCACAUUACGAUCGCCGGAGCGAAGAAAAAGCCGUGAGUAAAAAUACUUUCUUCAUAGUAAAGUUACUUGGCGCAGUCGCAGUGCGAACAUUGCGCAUGCGUACUAAGCGGAUUUUCACUGCGAUGCGAUGAAAAAUACCGAGCGAACAACUCGGAAUGAGGGCCCAUGUUCUAUGUGUGUAUCAGAUAUUGUUCUGUAACCAAUGUUGCAACAAUAAAAUGCCAAAUACUGUAGAUUCUUUUA